AUGGAAUCUCUACUACGAUGGAGUAUUGAAAACUCUACCCCGCGCGAUCCCAAUGUCCCGCUUGAACCUCCACGACAACCGCCACAAGCGCUCGACCCGGGGAUUAUCGACCACAUUCUCGGGAAAUCGGAUGCGGUGUUGAUGAAGGAGGACAUGGCGGCUGCUGUCGAUGAGACCAAAGACGAGGAGGAGAGGAUUGCGGCCUUAGAUCAUCUCGAAAUGCUCAUCGAGCAGAUUGACAACGCUAACAAUCUCGAGAAACUCAAGUUAUGGACACCGCUACAGCAGCUGAUUACCUCCGCGCCGAGUAAUGCGCUCAGAAUGCAAGCUCUGUGGGUUGCUGGGACUGCUUUACAAAACAACCCUGCUGCUCAGGAUGCUUAUCUUGAGCUCGAUCCCUUACCCUCGCUCACCCAGUUUCUCCUCCCUUCUUCCGCGUCGACAGCGCAAACACGGAGCAAAGCAGUAUACACGCUGUCUGGCCUCCUGAAGCAUAAUGCCCCUGCCGUUGUUGGGCUCUCGCGAAACGACGUUCAGGGCUGGGAAAGGCUGCGAGAGGCACUCCAAGACCCCGAUCUUGGCGUCCGUCGCAAGGCUCUCUUCCUGAUCAGCACCCUCCUCAUUCCAAAUUCACUCGUAAAUUCCUCCGGAACAUCGUCGGGUGUCAGACCCCGCGAUGCCGACCCUGUCCACCCAAACUCGCAUGCCGCCGCUCUGCGCACCCCAUCGCGUGUAGACACCGCUGUGCCCACUCUCGAUGCAUUACACACCCAUGGAAUCCUCGAUGCCGUUGUCCAUGGACUCACAAAGCCAGUACCGUCUGGUCCAGAUGGAGAUGUUCUCGGACUAGAUGCUGACUUUGAGGAGAAGGGUAUCGGUUUACUGCGAACGUUUGCGUUAACACACGAUGGCACAUUUUCUGCGGCGCAGAAGGUCGCGUUGAAGCCAUGGAUAGCAUUUGAGCAUGCAAAAGAUCCGAGCGGCACUUUGGAGCGAUGGGGUUUAACCCAGAAGGAGAUUGAAGGCUUGGUGUCCAAAGUUAAUACUUAA